UUAGGAACAACACAAACAAGUAUUAGUUGGUGAUGAUGGUGUUACAAUCAAGCUUCAACGAGACAGACAGGUAGUUGAAGAAACGAACCCUAAGAGAGAGAAAGAUUACAACUUUGCUUUGAUUUUAAGCCCCUUUUAUCAUUUGCAUUUAGGGAUCUCGAAUCUUCAAUCUGCAAAGGUAUUGAUCCUGCUUCUAUGGCAAAUUCAAAGAGCUCAUCGGGUAUUCGAAAUUUGGUGUAUACUGGUCCUGGAAAGCAUGCUCAUGCUCUGCUUCCUCCGAAAAGUCCAUUUCCUACUAUUUCUCAAACAUAUACUGAUUAUGUUUCAAAUCCUACAAUUGGUUCAAAGCCUGUUAAUAAGCCAAGAGAAGGAAACUCUCACCACCAACGUACUUCAUCUGAGAGCCAUCUUAUUGAGGAGCAGCCAUCAUGGCUUGAUGAUCUCCUAAAUGAGCCAGAUACACCUGUCCGAAGGGGUGGUCAUAGGCGUUCAUCAAGUGAUUCUUUUGCAUAUAUCGACAAUAUUAAUGCAUCUAACAUUGGUUACGCGGAUCAUGAUGAGUAUAAAUAUAAGAAUUUCUUAUCUAUUCCGGCUUGGUCACCCCCAGAAUUUGAUCGCAACAAAGAUGCUCGUCAUGCAUCCAUGUAUGCAGAAAUGAAUCUAGCAAAACAGAAAAACAGAUCAUGGGAGUCUUUUUCAAAUGCGAGUGGUGUUCCAUCUGGCAGAGACAGUGUUGCUUUUCAGAGAUCAGGAUCACCAACCCCAAGUACACUAUACGAAGCAGAUCGGAUUCUACCGACUGCAAAUGAAAAUCAUGAUUCAGUAGAAUCUGGCUUACAAGACAUAAAAUCAUCUUUUGAAAGAAAGGAUGGUUUACAUGCAAAGUCAUCUGCUUCUGAAACAGAUUCAAAACGUGCUAAACAGCAAUUUGCUCAACGUUCACGGGUUCGUAAACUUCAGUACAUAGCCGAGCUGGAAAGAAAUGUACAGGCUUUACAGGCAGAAGGAACUGAAGUAUCGGCUGAGCUUGAGUUUCUUAACCAGCAGAAUCUUAUCUUGAGUAUGGAGAAUAAAGCACUCAAACAACGUUUAGAAAGUUUAGCACAAGAGCAGCUUAUCAAAUAUUUGGAGCAGGAAGUACUGGAGAGAGAGAUCGGAAGAUUACGUAGCAUGUAUCAACAAAAUCUGCAGCAGUCACAUCAGCCUCAACAACAACCAUCUGGUAGUCAUAGACGCUCGAACAGCAGAGACCUUGACUCUCAGUUUGCUAACCUUUCUCUGAAGCACAAGGACACCAAUUCUGGGCACGACCCUGCAAAUGGAGCACUAAGAAUUUAGCUCGGCCAUAGCUGUAUCCUUGUUUUACCAACUGAUGUUGUCACCCUGUGAUAGAAUUUGUUUCUUCCGACAUGCGGGAUUGUGCAGAGAUUUCCAGGAUAUGCCCUCUCUCUCUGCCCGCUUUGCUGAUAUUUCAGCGUUCGUACCUUUGAAGUCUUUAUGUUCUCUAUUUACUUAAACUAUUGCCAUUUAUUUGAUGUUGCACCUGGUGGUCAUUGGCGAAAUCUUUAUUCUAAUUUCUGUCAUUUGACCUGCCGGAGGUGGUAACUCGAUGGUUUCGAAGUUUCGCUCCCGCCGAAAUCUUCAGUGAUUAUGUAUCUUAAUACCUCCUCUUGUGAAUCUCCAUUGUGUUGGAAUUUGGCUCAGUGCAUACAGCAUAUAUCUCAGGGAUAUUUGAAUGUGCAUUAUUAUUUGUAUGGAUAAUGUUUGUACUAUGAUUUUUCUGAAGUUCAUAUUUUCUGAA